CAAGCAUUGUCUUGUUCUCGUGAUAUGUGGAUAGUAAGACUACAUUUGGAAUGGGUCAUAAAAAAUAAUCAAAAGGAUCCUCAGGAUUUAUUGGAUGCACUUUCAUCUGUGGCAAUGUAUCCUAUCGGCCAGACACUUCUAUGGGAACAUAUUCGUGAAGCGUGGAGAUUUAUAAUGAAUGAAGAGAAAAACGCAACUCGCCCAACUGUUAAAGCCGCUUCAUCUGAUGAUCUCAAUGACAUUUGCAAGUAUCACCAAACCGCAAACUUUGGGCGUAAUAAUGAGUGUGUACUAACUGUAAUCCUAAAAUACUAUCCAAACGUCAUUAUACACUAA